ACAUGGUGUUCCACCUACUUCCUGUCGACGUCAAGUGACAGCUGUGACAAUUCGAUCUUUUUCCUAAGUCUGCCAUUGCUGUUGGAUUGUGUUUCGUGCUGAAGACGUGAAAAUCUCCAAACAUCCAAGAUGGUGAACUUUACCGUAGACGAAAUCCGAGCGAUGAUGGACAAGAAGCGAAAUAUUCGCAACAUGUCCGUCAUUGCCCACGUAGAUCAUGGAAAAUCAACCCUUACUGAUUCCCUGGUGAGUAAAGCCGGGAUCAUUGCGGGCGCUAAAGCGGGUGAGACGCGUUUCACGGACACCCGGAAGGAUGAGCAGGAGCGCUGUAUCACCAUCAAGUCCACGGCCAUCUCUAUGUACUUCGAAUUGGAGGACAAGGAUUUGGUCUUCAUCACGAAUGCCGAUCAGCGCGAGAAGGAGCUCAAGGGUUUCCUUAUUAACUUGAUUGAUUCCCCUGGGCACGUGGAUUUCUCAUCUGAAGUGACAGCUGCUCUGCGUGUUACGGACGGUGCCCUCGUUGUGGUGGACUGCGUGAGUGGUGUAUGCGUGCAGACUGAGACUGUACUGCGUCAGGCUAUUGCUGAGCGUAUUAAGCCGGUGUUGUUCAUGAACAAGAUGGAUCGUGCACUGUUGGAGUUGCAAUUGGGCGCUGAGGAGCUGUACCAGACGUUCCAGCGUAUUGUGGAGAAUGUCAACGUCAUCAUUGCGACGUACAGUGACGACAGUGGGCCAAUGGGUGAGGUGCGUGUUGAUCCGAGCAAGGGUUCCGUGGGCUUUGGCUCCGGGCUCCACGGAUGGGCUUUUACGCUCAAGCAAUUUGCCGAAAUGUACGCCGAUAAGUUCAAGAUUGACGUUGUGAAGCUGAUGAAUCGUCUGUGGGGUGAGAAUUUCUUCAAUCCCAAAACGAAGAAGUGGUCAAAGCAGAAGGAGGAGGACAACAAACGUUCCUUCUGCAUGUACAUCCUUGAUCCCAUCUACAAGGUGUUCGAUGCCAUUAUGAAUUACAAAAAGGAAGAAAUUGAGGCCCUUCUGCCCAAGAUUGGUGUUACCAUUAAGCACGAAGAUAAGGAUAAGGAUGGGAAGCAACUGUUGAAGCUGAUCAUGAGAUCAUGGCUACCAGCUGGUGAGGCUCUACUUCAGAUGAUUGCCAUUCAUCUGCCAUCCCCGGUGGUGGCACAGAAGUACCGUAUGGAGAUGCUGUACGAGGGUCCACAGGACGACGAAGCAGCCAUUGCUGUGAAGAAUUGCGAUCCAGAGGGUCCACUCAUGAUGUAUGUGUCUAAGAUGGUGCCCACAUCCGACAAGGGGCGCUUCUAUGCCUUCGGACGUGUAUUCUCGGGCAAGGUAGCCACUGGGCAGAAGGCACGUAUUAUGGGACCCAAUUACAUUCCCGGCAAGAAGGAGGAUCUCUAUGAGAAGGCUAUCCAGCGUACCAUUCUCAUGAUGGGACGCUACGUGGAGGCUAUUGAGGAUGUCCCAUGCGGCAAUAUUUGUGGUCUUGUUGGUGUUGAUCAGUUCCUCGUCAAGACUGGCACUAUUUCCACCUUCAAGGAUGCUCACAACAUGAAGGUGAUGAAGUUCAGCGUUUCCCCCGUUGUGCGUGUUGCCGUUGAACCCAAGAAUCCGGCUGAUUUGCCAAAACUCGUGGAGGGUCUGAAGCGUCUCGCAAAAUCCGAUCCUAUGGUGCAGUGCAUCAUUGAGGAGAGUGGUGAGCACAUUAUUGCCGGUGCUGGUGAAUUGCAUCUUGAAAUUUGCCUGAAGGAUCUCGAGGAGGAUCACGCGUGUAUUCCAAUCAAGAAAUCCGACCCUGUGGUGUCGUACCGUGAAACUGUGUCCGAGGAAUCAGACCAAAUGUGUCUGUCCAAGUCACCAAAUAAGCACAAUCGUCUCUUCAUGAAGGCCUGCCCCAUGCCCGAUGGCCUAGCUGAGGACAUUGAUAAGGGUGAUGUGAAUAGUCGCGAUGACUUCAAGGUGCGUGCACGCUACUUGGCCGAGAAGUAUGACUAUGAUGUCUCCGAAGCCAGGAAGAUCUGGUGUUUCGGCCCAGACGGUACAGGGCCAAAUAUUAUUCUCGAUUGCACAAAGGGUGUGCAGUAUCUCAAUGAAAUCAAGGAUAGCGUUGUGGCUGGCUUCCAGUGGGCCACAAAGGAGGGUGUCCUUGCUGAGGAGAAUAUGCGUGCUGUGCGCUUCAACAUCUACGACGUGACACUCCAUGCUGAUGCCAUCCAUCGUGGUGGUGGUCAGAUUAUCCCAACAACCAGGCGUGUCCUCUAUGCGUCCGUCAUUACGGCACAGCCACGUCUCAUGGAGCCUGUGUAUCUGUGUGAGAUUCAGUGCCCCGAAGUGGCUGUCGGUGGUAUCUACGGUGUGCUCAAUAGGAGACGUGGGCAUGUGUUUGAGGAAUGUCAAGUGGCAGGAACACCCAUGUUCGUCGUGAAGGCUUACUUGCCCGUCAAUGAAUCAUUCGGAUUCACGGCUGAUUUGAGAUCCAACACUGGUGGACAGGCGUUCCCGCAGUGUGUCUUCGAUCACUGGCAGGUGCUGCCCGGAGACCCAAGCGAGCCAUCCAGCAAGCCCUACCAGAUUGUGCAGGACACGAGAAAGCGCAAGGGGCUCAAGGAGGGCCUUCCGGACUUGUCUCAGUAUCUAGAUAAAUUGUAAAUGCCGCGCGCGGAUUUUUUUUUCGUUUUUUCUUUUCUACAUUACAACAACAACAAACUUUAUAAUAACAGCAUCAUCCCCCUUUUUGCUUAACUUUUUUUCUCUCCCCUGAGAGUGAGGGAGUUACAAGUGCACAUGGGUGGAUGAUGUGAUAUUCAAGAGCAACAUCUACACUCAAUAAAUUUUUUUGUUAUAUUUUUUUUUUAAAUUGCUAAAACGCGAAGUUGAUCUAUUUAGGGGAGAUAAUGCUAAAAUUUGUUUCAGAGAAUGAUCGUAAUUUUUUUUGUUCUCUUUGUGUAAAAUCUAAUAUAAAAAAAAGAAAAAUCUUUUGAGCGGAUAUUUUAAAUUUAGUUCGCGGAUUUAGCAAUACGCGGUGGGGUUAAUUAAAUUAAUAUAAAAAAUGAUUAUUAAUAAAAAAGAAACAAGAAAAUAGAAAUUCUAGAGAUUGAGGGAGCCGAAUAAAAUCAAAGAGAGCGGCCACUCCGGGAUGACAAGAGAAAGAUGGAGUAAGAGAGAGAGAGAGAGAGGAUUCAAUAAAGAAGAAAACAAGAAAAA